CAGACGUGACAAGUGCGGCCGACUGGAUCUCAACUCAGUCCUAAUUUUCCAGCCUGUAGGCUUUAAAACUACAUAUUCGCUGUUUUUACACCGAGCUGGACGUGUGUGCUCGGUGCCAUGGUGGACUGAUACGUGUUAGGACGGGAAGCUGCUGCACAGCGGAUGAAGUGUUCAUCUGUAAGCUAGUUUUGGUCCGCCAGUUAGUAGUAACAACCGGGUGCUGUGAUACUGUUAGCCUGCCCCAAACUGCUUCACCAAUUCCUGCUGAAAGUGAGACCCAAAAACCCUCACGGUGGAAACGAGAAGGAGAGCAAAGAUGAAUGCUGUGCGGGGAGGCACAGUCACCUGGCGUCCCCAGCCAUGGCAGGACGGGGACGGGGGUGGAGGGGAACCUCUGUCAGACAGCGACUCAGAGGAGGAGGACUUCCCCGAUGACAGCACCACACCUUUGGGUGACUACAUUACACAAGGACUGAAGCAGCUCCUGGAUGCCCAGCAGUUGUGUGAUGUUACUUUGCUUGUUGAGGGAAAGAAGUUUAUGUGUCACAGAGUCCUCUUGGCAGCCGUGAGCCCAUACUUUCGAGCCAUGUUCACCAGCCCUCUGGUGGAGUCCCGCCUCACUGAGAUCCGACUGGAGGAGGUUACUCCAUCUGUCAUGGAGACUGUCAUUCAGUUUGUGUACACCGGUGAGGCCGGGCUCUCUCUGGACACGGCCGAGGAUCUGUUUGUGGCUGCCAACCGGCUUCAGGUCAUGCCUCUCCAAGAUUUGUGCUCCAGGUUUCUAUUUGAACACCUUUCAGUGGAUAACUGCCUGGGGAUGUACUCUCUUGCUCGCUCUCACCAUGACCAGCUGCUGCUGCGUGCCUCCCUGCGGCUGGUAGCCCAGCACUUUCCCCGGGUGGCCCGGCAGAAAGACUUCCUCCUGCUGGACCACGGCACUUUGGGCAGCCUCCUGAGCUCCGACCGUCUGGGAGUGGACUCUGAAGCAGAGGUUUACGACGCGGCUCGUCGCUGGGCAGAGCAUCAACCCUUGGAUCGCUACGCCCACAUGCCUGCGCUGCUCCAUCACCUGCGGCCAGGGCUGCUGUCCCAAGAGGAGAGCCGGAGACUUUGUCAGGAGCUGGGGCCCGCUGCAGCUGGCGAGGGCCUUGGGGGGCCUUUGAGACCUCGGGAGGGGAUGUUUGAGAAAAAGAUUGUCUGUGUGGACCUAACGCCUCGAGAAGAGGAGAAUUUAGCCUUAAGAGACUACACAGUGGACUGCUUUGAUCCUCGGACAGGGAAGUGGGAGAAGCUAGCAGCACUGGGCUCUCUGGUGAGUCCUGGCUGUACGGCUGUAGGGGACCGGCUGUUUGUAGCAGGGGGGAUCCUUAGAACAGGCUCCGUUUCUGCAGCUGUGCAUGAGUAUGACGCAGUGCUGGACCGCUGGAUUGAAAGGCCUUCAAUGUUCCAGCCUCGGGCUAUGCUGGGUCUGCUGGGCUGUGGAGACUCGCUCUAUGCUUUAGGGGGUAGUAACCGUUCAGCUCUGCUGGACUCCAGUGAAACUCUGGAGCUCUCUACUCUGCAGUGGGCCCCAGGACCUCGACUACCCCUCCCUCUGCGCGCCUUUGCCUGUGCAGCACUGCGUGGGCGGCUCUACCUUCUGGGUGGGACAACACUUGAACAGAACCGGGCUGUGGUCCACUCAGGGGUGCUUAUUUAUCACACCCUAACAGACUGCUGGACACGUGUGUCUCUGGACUCCGGUGCCACCUGUCUCGCUGGAGGAGUAGCUGUUCGAGGAGGAGUCUGUGCAAUCGGAGGAUAUAUGAGAGAUACCACCAAGUUUCUGGAUGGAAACUACACUAAUCUGGAGACUUUAGACGCCACAGGGCGGGUGCUGUUUUUCAGAGAGGGUAGGGGCUCCGGAGUGGAGCGGGAGGUGACUGGAGGAGGGGUCAUGGUCAGCACAGAGCAGCGGGGCGGUGCAGGCGGUGGAAGCGACCGAGCCCCAAGCCCUGUGGUGUUCCCCGGGCUGCCCCGGCGGAUAGCAGCAGGGGGCGUAGCCAGGUGGAAACGCAGGAUUUAUGUGCUGGGUGGGGAAAACGGCUCACGCUUCUAUGACAGCGUGUACUGUUGGAAGCCUGGCUGGCGCAGCUGGGUGCAGAGACGAGAGAAACUUCCAGGAGACACUGGAGGGGUGAGCCAGUUUGGGUGUACCACUUUAAAGUUCCCUAAGAAACAUAUCCUCUCCAGACUGAGACUAGCCAAAGAAAACUGCAAGAAGGCAGUUGACUAGCUUAACAGAGAGCAGAAUGACUGAAGUCGAGGCUGUUGUUCGUGUGACACAGAUAUGAACUCCAGGCUGACGUUGAAUUAGCUUCUUCUUGACCUCAUUAAAUGCUGGUCUUCAGAUGAAGUAACAAGGAAGAGACAGUUUUGUACAAUGUGAGUGCAGCCACAGAGAAGGCCUGUAAUGGAUGCAGAAGAAUCUAAAAAAAAAACUGAUCAGAAAAACGUACAGGCAGAAAGCUUGUGGAGCCAGAAACUUGUAGUCAGGCAUCUUGCACCUGAAUGUAACUUUAUCCACUAUUGGUCAGAAGAGUCAGGUCCUUUGACGAAGAAAAAGGCCUUUUAUUGGUUUCUUUCUUAAACUGUGUAAUGGUAAUUUCUUUUCUUACCGGUGUAAUAUUUGUAAGGCUGUUUGGAAACCUUUUAAUGCUGUGAAAUUUCAGAAUUGUUCGGUUUAGACACAAGGAUACAGGAUUGGUGUGCACGCUAUGUUGCACCUCAUUUGCCUAAACAUUGUGAAUGAAGCCCUCUUAAAUGAAUUAAGGAUGAACUUAAUUCAUGAACCACAAAUGAGCCUAACUUCUGAAAAAAAAAGCAUUUUAACAGAUUAACUUGUACCAUCAGUCAUUUUGUAUUGUAGUAGGUUCCCUAUGAUUUUUAGCUGAAUCAUUCUUCACAAAACAAUGCAGGGGAAACAGCAGGGACUGCUGUAAACUAUCAAACCUGACUGCAAAAUAACCUCCAGUCUCCACUGGUUUUGUAAGACACAGAGUAGCUGCAAGGGUCUCCCCCUGUCAAAAAAUACAGUUAAACAGAGUAAUGAAAACUGACAAUAACAAGGUAUAGUCCUAGAGACAAAUUUACCCAAGAAUUAAAUGCAAUUUAGAUUUAUAAGAUAUGAAGUUAGAAAAGAAAAGUCAAAAUUGAGUUCAAAACAAUGCUUAAACCAGGAAUGGUAACCAGGAAAGGCAGUGUCUGCUGGUAAAGACGUUAAAGUGUAUUGCAGAGUUUCAACUAAUGCUAGCAGCCGCAGCACUAACCAGCCUUCACUCCUCCUUGCUACCUCACAUUUGAUAACAGUCAUUUUUACUGAGCUAACCUUGAACACAUCAUAGUAUAACAGUCUGUCAGCCGGUCAAGUGAGCUAACUAGCUUUUAUUCUGCUGAUUUUAACACAGAUUUUAAAUUUGGUUUGCUACAAACGUUGGGAGUUUUUUCUCUGCUUAUUUGAGCAGAUGAGGAUGAUAACUGUCAUUUAGCAGCUAAAGCUAGUGUUAUGAGUGGGUGCUACUCCCAGCACUGUUUUUUCCAAGGUUAAGUUUCCCCUUGCAAGAACUGGUGUAUGUUUUUGCGCCUGAGAUAUUAUAAAAUGACAUCAAGUCACAAGACCAUCAUCCAUGAGACCAUCCAUGAGUGUCGAUAGCAGUAUCAACAACUUAAACUGAUUUUGGGUUUUGAAUUAUGCAGCUACUCUGUCUUAAAACACACAUCACCCUGUUACCUCUCCUUCAAUAACAGAAAUAAUUGCAUCAGUUGACAAACAGAGGGUGGCAAAGUUGGCAAGAUGUGGGAAGCCAAAAAGCCAUGUCAACUGUCAAUAUAGAUUACCAGAUUUUGCGUGAAUACGACUCUGCUAGUGUCUACAGCCCUUUGUUUGCAAACUUUUUGCAUGGGGAAUAUGUGUAUUCAGCUGUAAAUAUAGUGACUAUAGACCGUGGCUAAAUGGCUACACAGCAAAGGGUUAUAAACUUCAUGUUAGAUGAGAUAGGUUUGAAAGGUUCCAGACUUAUAAAGCUAACCUGAAGAUCAACAAGGAAAGAGACAAAUUUUUGGCUUAAAAUGGGUUUAUUUACCUGUUCCUAUGCAAACCUGAGACAUAACUUGGAUUAGAUGACUCAAUACACCUGGUUAAGAUGCUAAACAUGAGACAACGAUGAUCCUGAUAGCAAUACAGCCUAAUGUUUGGUUGUUGUUUGUUAAAAAUAAUAAUUUAAUAAUUGUUAAAAAUAGUAAUUGCAGGGAUGUAGACUCUUCUGUUGGAUUUCUGCUUUCCCAGUAGCUAUGAGAUAAAUCAUAAUGGCUACUUGCUAGGCAGUAGUGGAACCAGUUUGCAAUGGUCUAGUCUAACAGCAUCAUGGUCAGCUUGGCAUCAGCCUUGCAGCCCAUGUUUCAUAACUCAAGUCUGACUUCUUGCUUAGUUCCUCUCUUUUUCUCCUCUUAGCUUCAUCUGUUGCCAUCCUCUUUGUGUCUUACUGCCUUAGUUAUUGUAUGGGGACAGGCUAUCUGGCUUCUUUAGUGCUGAAGGCUGGUGUGUGGGUAUUAUAAAGCAAUUCUCAUGAGAGAACUUCAGUGUGCAUCUGAAGUUGAAUAGUGCUGAAAGCAGGCGACUGGGGGGGUUCUGUGGAAAUGGGACAGAUCAACGUUUCGCAACCUUUUUCUGUCAAAAUUUGAAGUUUCAAGUCAAAAUAUAUUAGUGGAGAAGCUCUAUGGCUACAGAGGGUGACAUAUUUGGGUGCCAAAACUUCAAGAAGUUGUGUUGACUUUUAGAAAGUGCUUUGACUCAUACUGGCAUCAAGCCUUCCUCAGGAAGUCGUGUAGACUUAAAAAACAUACUUUUACUGGUGUCUCACUCCACAAACACCUGCCAACUGAAAAAAAACUGCAUGGGUCUCUCGCAGUGCAUACUAAUGUAAACCUAUUCAUUUGCUGAGCCUGACGUUGACGUCAUUUUAGAGAAGGAGCAUAUGAAACAAUUUUGUAAUUACAUUGGGACAGCUGAUUUUUUUUUCCACAAUUUCAUGGUCAUUUUUGGAGACUUUAAAGCAUUUUGAAGUUACCCCUAAUGAAGUCAGAAGGUGCCCCGGGGUGCUGAGAUAGACGCUUUUCACCCAUUUAAAGUAUUUCUAUGAUCUGAUUGACUUUGAAACAACUGUUUUAGUGGGAGAGAUUCAUAUUGUUGCUUUGAGCCAGAACACUCUGUCUGAUAAAAUUAUAAAGUUGUUGUGACUUAAACAGGAAGCAGCGGUUUAAAUUGUCCUCAACAUUAAAUGAUAAUGUUUUUAUAUGUGGAGUUUGAAUGAGUGUAGUGAAGUGGUGCAGUGAAAACAUAAUAGUUUUUAAACAACCAAACCCAAAAUGAUAUUAUUGAUUGUGCUGAAUACUGCAGAGCAUUAGGAAGAUGAUCCUGAGUAUCCUUGUGUCUUAGACAAGCACUUUGAUCAGCACAUUUCCAAGCCCUUCAAUCAGGAGAUUUGUUUGCUUUGAUUAAGUAGCCAUGUUAAAAUAACUUUUUUAAACUUCCUCCAGCCACAGGAUUUCUGAAUGUUUUUGGCCUGGAGUUUCUGAAUUAUCUGAACACAUUAGAGUUCCUCUUAAUUUAUUGAAAUGUGUUUGAAAGUUGUUUUUUUAAUGUUAAUUUUCAUUCUGGAUGGCACUGUAAAAUUAGACAGUCAAGGGAAGAAUGAGUGAAUGUGUUUGGAUGUGAAAUGUGACUGAAAUCUUAAUUUAUGAUUUUAGAUGAGGUCAGAUCGCUUUUUCAGAAAUGUAAGCACAAUGUUUUGCUUUAAGUCGCUAUAUUUUCUGGGAUUUUUUUUCUUUGGUUUUCCUUACAUUCUGCUGGAGAUGGGUUUGUAUGAAAACCACUGCCAGCAGGGACUGAAAAUGCUGAAUUUAAACAUUGUUGUCUUAGACUGCAAACUCCUAAACAGUACCAGGAGGAAAUUUAGACUUUGAGAUUGUUUUUAAGAUUUGAAAGAACUCCUACCUUCACAGAACCUGAAGGUAUAAGAUUUAAUGGAUUUCUGCGUCACUGUGUGAUUCCCAUGAGUUUAACAUAUAUGGGCUUUAAAGUGUGAAACCCAGCAGGGAACUUUAUUUUUUGAUCAAAUACACUCGUACAUUGUUUAAUUAACUUAAGUAUCUUAACAAUAACUGGGCAAACACAAUAAACCAAGCAGUUGGUUGUUUGUUGGAGUUUGUGUUUCUUGCAAAAGAAAAUCACAUUGCACUGUUUCAACUGAAAUAACAUGCUCUGAAUUUUCACCUUGAAUUGUAAUUUUUCAUUUCCCUUGGUGUGCUUACAGCUUGUAUGACGUGUGAAAAGUGAUUGUAUGCACAUGCAUGUUUCCUAUGCCGAAGCGUAAAUUUGUUCAACACAAGCUCCUUACACACAUUCACACUGUGUUCAUUCAGAGAAGUGAAGCUGCCCUCGUUUGUACAAUCUGAUGAAGAGUGUGAUCUGAAUGGAAAAUGGAUGUUUUUGAUGAAAGCAGUGCUGUCAAAUGAUUA